AUGUCGACCUUCAACGGGAAAUCAGACUAUGCUCCCGAAUACGCCUCCUACAACUGGGUCGGUGCCCCUUCUGACUACUCACUAACCACCAACGAGGCCCUGGGUGGAAACUCUCGCGCCGAAAACCUCAACAAAUGGUUCCAAUCUGGUGAUCAGGCCUAUAUUAUUGUGGCCUCCGCGAUGGUGCUGGUCAUGGUGCCCGGUCUGGGCUUCCUAUAUUCAGGCCUGGCUCGCCGAAAGUCUGCUCUGAGUAUGAUUUGGGCGUGUAUGGCUUCUAUGUCCGUUAUUACUUUUCAAUGGUAUUUCUGGGGUUACUCCUUGGCUUUUUCCCCGACCGCAACAAAUGGUUAUAUUGGCAAUUUACGCAACUUUGGAAUGAUGAAGACUCUGGCGGCUCCUAGCCCUGGUUCGCCUUUAAUUCCGGAUAUUCUUUUCGCUUUCUACGAGAUGCAAUUCUGCGCUGUUACUGCUGCUAUCGUCAUGGGCGCCGUGGCGGAGCGCGGUCGGCUUCUUCCGGCUAUGGUCUUUACCUUUGUCUGGGCAACUAUCGUCUAUUGCCCUCUGGCCUGCUGGGCUUGGAACUCGAACGGAUGGGCUUAUAAGUAUGGUGUGAUGGAUUACGCUGGUGGUGGCCCCGUCGAAAUUGGUUCCGGUUUUACUGCUCUCGCCUAUUCCAUGGUUCUCGGUCGCCGACAAGAACGCAUGAUGCUCAACUUCCGCCCUCACAACGUUUCGCUCAUUCUCCUCGGCACGGUCUUCCUUUGGUUCGGAUGGCUUGGAUUCAACGGUGGCUCGGCAUUCGGUGCUAACCUGCGCGCGACCAUGGCUUCCUGGAAUACCAACCUGACUGCUGCUUUCGGAGCCAUCACUUGGGUUCUGCUCGAUUGGCGUUUAGCCCGUAAGUGGUCUAUGGUCGGUUGGUGUUCUGGUACCAUUUCCGGACUCGUAGCUGCGACUCCUGCCUCGGGUUUCAUUAGUCCAUGGGCUAGUGUGAUUCUCGGUGUGGUGACUGGUAUCGUGUGCAAUUAUUCGACUAAGAUUAAGUUCUGGAUCCGCAUUGACGACUCUAUGGAUGUGUUGGCUGAGCACGGUAUCGCUGGUAUCGUCGGUCUUCUCUUCAAUGCUUUCUUCGGUGACGACUCUAUUGUUGGUCUUGAUGGUGUUAACACUGGUACUGGUGUUGGUGGUUGGGUUAUUCACAACUGGAAGCAACUCUACAUUCAAAUCGCUUAUAUUGUCGCCACUGCCUCUUACUCGUUCAUUAUGUCCGCCCUGAUCGCUCUCGCCAUCAACGCCAUCCCAGGCCUUAACCUGCGUGCUUCAGAGGAAGCCGAAUUACUCGGUAUGGAUGAUGACCAGCUUGGAGAGUUUGCCUACGACUACGUUGAGGUUCGUCGUGAUUACCUUGCCUGGACCCCUCAGCAAAAGGACCAGCUCGAAGACGGUCACCAUAUCCCUGAUGCGCACCGGUAUGGCAUUGGCGAGCACAGUGAGAUGAUUGAGGGACAGCCACCAAAUGGAGAGAUCAGUCAGAGCAGCCGCGGUGGUAGUGAGGUUGAGGCUAUUCAGGAAAUUAAGGUCACCCCGGGACCUCGACAAGUCGCCGAACAGCACCCAGCCGAUGCCAUCCCACCCAGUGAGCAACCUUACAUGCUCCGACCCGUCAACGAGAAGACAGAAGACGCAUAA